AAAAACACAUUUCAAAGAUAGACAAAUGAUGAAGUCAGCUCUACUUCUUGGUUUCUUUGUUGGAUCCGUCCUUACUUCCGGUGGAUACGGAGGAGGAGGAGGAGGUGGUGGUUAUGGAGUAGGGGGGCAUGGAGGCGGUGGACAUGGAGGAGGAACCGGUUCUGGUACAGCUUGCGUGGUUAAAGGCUCAUACUGCAGCUGUCACUACUGUACAUGUGAGAAAGGAAAAGUAAACUGUCAAGGAUAUGGAGUAGGAGUGAAAGGAUAUGGUAAGAAUUACUGCUACGGAACUACUGAGGGUGAGUACUGUACAUGUGAUUACUGUAAAUGUCAGAAUGGGUUUGGACAAAAUGGCGGCUACGGUGGUUCCGGUGGUUGUGGAGGCGGCCAUCACAAGAAAGAAAUAAGAAUUGUAGAAAAAUAUUGUUUUUUUUAAUGUUUAAAUGUAUAAUCUUUUAAAAGUUAA